GGAGUGCUGGGGACCUGUUUGCUGACGGAGGCCAGACUGGGACCUGGGAGGUGCGGUGGGUGAGUGCAAGUGUCCAGCUCUCGUAGGCGUUCAGGAGUGCGUGUGAGCCUGUGAAACUUAGUGUCAGUGCCUUUCAUUUAGAUGUGAGAAAUUCCUGAUUUGUGGAAGGUAUCUGCCCAGAAAUCAUGGAUAGUUCAACAGCUGUAGCAGAAGCCAAAGAUCACUCCGCUCUUGGGGAACAGCAAGACAAUACACUAACUCUUGAAUAUUGGCAUAAAAAAUGGGAGAUGCACGAUAUUGGAUUUCAUCAAGAACAUGGAAAUAAGUUUGCUGACCUGGGUUAUAGUGUAGUUGGAGUUGAAAUCAGUGAACUCGGCAUACGAGAAUUUUUUACUGAGCACAAUCUGUCUUACUUAGAAGAAUCAAUUGCAGGAAUUUCAGGAGCCAAAGUAUUUAAGAGCUCAUCAGGGAAUAUCACUUUAUACUGUUGCAGUAUUUUUGACCUUCCCAGGGCCAAUGUUGGCAAAUUUGACAGGAUUUGGGAUAGAGGAGCCUUAGUUGCUAUUAAUCCAGAUGACCGAGAACGCUAUGCCAAGUUAAUGUUGUCUCUAUUGGAAAAGGGUUUUCACUAUUUCCUGAUUACUUUUUCAUAUGAUCCAACUAAAUUUUCAGGUCCACCAUUUUAUGUUCCUGACAGUGAAGUUAAAAGUUUGUUUGGCUCAACAUGUAAUAUUCAGUGUCUUGAGAAGGCUGAUGCUUUAAAAGAAAGACAUAAAAAAUGGGGAAUUGAUUACUUUAUUGAGAUUUUAUAUCUCUUUACAGAAAAAUAAAUUAAAAUUAAAGCUGCAUAAUAUUUGGUAACAUAACCCAAAUCUUGUAUGUAUCUUUACCUCUUUUAGCUACUAACAGUGACUGUGACAAGAAAAAUGUAAUGAACAUCUUUGAAAGUUUUUUUUUUAAAACUAUCAUUACAUACCACUUGUAGUAUCUAUUGGAAUAUGCAUGUAACUUCAAGAGGGGCUACUAUUUUAUUAUGCUCAUGAUGAUUGCAAUGUUGAAAUUAAACAUUUUAAUUUGAACAAAAUUUGUAAAUAAAAAAUUCCUCAUGCCACUUUUCUGCAUCCUUAAUUCAUGUCCCCACAAAAUCUAGUUCAAGCAGUUUUGUAUUUUAAUACAUUUGAUGUCUUUAUUGCUUGUAAAUGUUCAAAUAAAGUAUCAGUGCUUUAGAAAAGUUAAA